CUGAUAAAGUUACAGUGCUGAAGGAUAUUUUGGUGUGAUGUGUAAAAUAUUGGCUUUUAUUCAUUGACGUGAUAUGGCUCCGACAAUUCAGACAAAUGGCAGUACUACAGACAGAGAUAAACGUACCGCUAGGCCAGCAGAAAAAAGGUCCGAGUUAAUAUGUAGGGUUAAAUAUUGUAACACAUUGCCUGAUAUUCCGUUCGACCCAAAGUUCAUUACAUAUCCUUUUGAAUCCACUAGGUUCAUACAGUAUAAUCCGACCUCAUUGGAACGUAAUUAUAAGUAUGAAGUUUUGACAGAGCAUGACUUAGGUGUGGAUAUUGAUUUAAUAAAUAAAGACACUUAUGCUGGAGAUGUUAAUGCUCAAUUGGAUCCUGCUGAUGAAAAGCUUCUAGAAGAAGAUGUUCUUACCCCACAAGAUUCUAAGAGAUCUAGACAUCAUGCCAGAAGUGUCUCUUGGCUUAGACGUACAGAAUACAUUUCCACAGAGCAAACCAGGUUUCAGCCACAAACUGUGGAUAAAGUUGAGGCUAAAGUUGGUUAUAGUAUUAAAAAGAACUUCAAAGAAGAAACAUUGUACAUGGAUCGUGAGAGUCAAAUCAAAGCUAUAGAAAAAACAUUUGAAGAUAACAAGAAAGAAAUUGAAAGGCACUACAGUAAACCAAAUGUGGUGCCUGUUGAGAUACUGCCAGUAUUUCCUGACUUUAAGCUAUGGAAAUAUCCUUGUGCUCAAGUCAUAUUCGAUUCAGAUCCUGCUCCAACAGGACGUUCUGUGCCAGCUCAAAUUGAGGAAAUGUCUCAAGCUAUGAUCAGAGGUGUAAUGGAUGAGAGUGGUGAACAAUUUGUGGCAUACUUCUUACCACUGGAUGAGACAUUAGAAAAACGUAGACGAGACUUCACGGCUGGAAUUGAUUACGCCGAUGACGAAGAAUAUGAAUAUAAAAUGGCUAGGGAAUAUAAUUGGAAUGUUAAGAGUAAAGCUUCCAAAGGAUACGAAGAGAAUUACUUCCUCGUUAUAAGGCAGGACGGGGUAUAUUACAAUGAGCUUGAAACCCGUGUACGCCUUAGUAAACGUCGUCAGAAAGCUGGACAACAGCCAAACAAUACGAGAUUAAUCGUGAGGCAUCGGCCACUCAAUGCCAAUGAAUUUAAAAUGCAAAGGUACAGGGAGAAGCAAUUGGAACCACCUGGAGAGGAAGAUGAAGAAGAAGAAGAAGAGGAGGAGGAGGAAGAAGAACCUCAGCAAGAAGUUGAGAAAGUAGACGAAAAAGGAUCUGAAAAUGAAGGUGGAUCUAGAGCAACGUCUAGAGCGUCUUCCCGAGCAUCUAGCAGAAAAUCUCGAUCCCGCUCGAAAUCUGCUUCCAGAUCAAAGUCUCGAUCUCGAUCACCAUCAAAAUCCAGAUCUGCUUCCCAUUCUCGCUCCGAAUCACGAUCUCCCUCCAGAUCACACAGCAAAUCGAGAUCGAGAUCUGGUAGUCCGCAAUCAAGAAAUUCUUCUAAGUCGAGAUCCCGGUCGAAAUCAGUUUCGAGAUCUCGUUCUAGAAGUCCAGCUAAAUCUCGAUCUGGAAGUCCAUCGAGUUCGAAAUCUAGAUCAAAGUCAAGAUCCCGUUCAAGAUCAAGAUCAGGCAGUGGUAGCGGUAGUGGGUCUGGCAGCGGCAGUGGCGAAAGUGGUUCCGAGAGUGAAUGAAUACUAAAAGACUUUCUAGUAAAA